AUGCUGCUGCACUUGCUGCUUCUGUUGCUAUUGACGGAGGGAGAUGGUUGGGUGCAAGUUGCAGCACCCGAGCAGUCAGAGCUGAUCCGUAGCCUGCCUUUUCUGGUGCGACUUCGGCUCGAAGAUGACGUGCACGGGUAUCAACUGAUCCUGGACGACGACAUUGCUUUUGAGGGCAUGUCGCAAGGAGAGGAUGUGGAGCACUUGGUGCUGCUGGGCAGGGGCGAGACGGAGCAGAAGAAGCUCUUGACAUCAGGGCAUCACAGUUUGAACGUUGUUGGUUUCGACAGCCAUCAGAACAAGAUCGGAGAAGUCGAGAUUCCUUUCAGAACUCUAUUCUCGUCGAAGCCUCCUAUCGAGGUCCAUGGAGUUCGUUCUGUGGUGAUCAUGGGAAACUUCAACAUGUGGUCUUCUUCUAGCAUGCAGGCCAUCACAAACAUGCCCUCCUCGCUCCAUGCCGACGCCCUGCAGGACCUUGGUCUUGACGUUUAUCGGAUCGAAGAGACCGAAAACAACCAUGAUAUUGCCCGGAUAGCUGUAGAGAUUCAUCUACCGGACCUCUUCCUCUACAUUCCCUCACAAGGUCUUCUAGACCAGGGGUACGGGAACCUAGACCAAGUGUGGGAGACAUGCAGGAAGUUUGGAAUCCCGUCAGUCGUACUUAUCAGGGGUCAACCAGCACUCUUGGAGUUGCAAGGAGACAGUGAGUUGUGGAGCAGCGACUAUGUCGUGUCCUCUGACGCAAGCGGAUGGCUGGCCAAGAUCAGAGGAAGAGCUCGACAUGUCCUGCUCGCAGGCGCUGCUGCCGAGCGAGCAAGCGAGCACGACGGUCUACCGCGUUCUCUUCCCAGUUGUCCUCUUACUCACCUCCUCUACGACGUCGUCGUCCCAGGCAUGAACUCGCGCAAGGAGCAUGUGCACAUCAGGAAUCAGCUUGUUCGCGUGCUCCGUGACCGUCUCCCCGACUUGCGGAUCAGGCAUGAGGUUGCUGGUGUAGAUGGUGAGACUUUGGGUGAAGCGUUGCGUUGCUCAAAGCUCGUUCUGCUCCUAUCGCCUUGCUCGCCCUUCUACCGCGGCUGCUCAACAGAAGGAUACUGGGACGAAAACGUGUUCAACGUGAUUGCUCAAGGUGGUUUGGUGUUUCAUAACAAGGUCCAAGGACGCCGGCCAAGAAUGAAUGCAAGUGUAAGGGAAUCGGAAGGGAAUGUAUCGAGUCUCGGGCACGACCUCGAAGACGGCCGCCAUGUUGUACUUUAUGACUUGAAAAAUUCUGAGGAUUUGGUGCAGAAGAUAAGAUACUAUGUAGAGAACAAGACAUCACGAGAGUUCAUGAGAAGGAGAGCGUAUUGGUUCGUGAUGCAACGCCAUACUCUCAAGACCAGAAUGGAGGAAAUGCUGGGGCAUAUUCAAAGUUUGGAGGCAGAAACAGACAGUUGGAAUAUGAAUACCAAUGCUCUAACUCCAAACUCAACAGAAGAAUCAGCAAUCAAUGAGUCUUUGCCAAUCUUGCAGCUGUCGUACCGACAGAUCAAACAUGAAAUUAUGUUUCUAAAUGCGACCAGGUUUUCUCACUACACAACCAACCACGACCUGUUCUUUAUCAAACAUCCUCCUAUUGCCGAGGUCGAAGCUAUCCAGACUCGACCGAAUUGUUUAGAGGAGGAUGAAGAAUCGUUGUUGAGAUCCACUUUGGGAUAUCACUUGCAGACACCAACAAAUCCGUCAACCCUUGAAACCCACACGGUCAUCGUUCCAAACGUUACAGUCAGCUUUGCCAGUCACCUUUGUUCCGACGAGGGGGAGAUGCUAUCUCUAUUUGCCUAUCAAUCCACGAAAGAAUCACUUCUGAUCUGCAAGCAGAUCAACCAAGCAAACAUUGUCCAGGUCCAGAGAGCGCUUCUUGUUCCUGUGUAUGCCAGCAAUACCUGGCAACACUUCUUGCAAGAUUUUCUCCCUGCAUUCAUGCACGGAAUCGAGUUCCUCUCCAGAUACUAUGACAACAAGGAGACUUGUCAAGCCUUUGCGCUUCUAGAGUCUCGGCUGCCGAGCAAUAUCUAUCCCAUCCUCGACUUCAUCAUCGAAAAUGACAAGCUGCAGUGGAAAACUGAGUGCACUUUCGAGCUCGACACGCUCUGCCUGUCAAACUUUGAUCACAACCGUUGGAGGCACCCGUCUUACAGACUAUGCUCAAGUUACCUUCGAGCUAGUCUGUUGUUCAUACCAUCUCCCGACCUUGAUUUCGGAAAGUACAUGUACGGUCUCUAUCGCUUCAAUGGUAAUGAAAACCCUCAAGGGCAAACUUUCGUUGGCUCGAAAUCUUUUACUUGGAUCGAUUUUGAACAUGAUCAGAAUCUCUGCAAGUGGAACCUUGCUCCGCGCACUGACAACCAUCAGUACGGGGAGGUCAAUGGGGAGAGAGGGAAGAUAGUCAAAGGUUACCAGCCUUCUGGCUCAGAAAUCAUCCCUCGUUGUUUGCUCAACGAGGAGCAAGUUGUCAGGACAGUUCGAAACUUCCUGGAGAGGGCGAAGAUGGCGGGAGUUCUUCCUACGAGGGACUUCAGCAUCGCUCGCAUCCUCUCUUCAAACGCUCCUCCCCUCCUCGAGAUUGCCCAGAUGGUCGCUGACUCCAGCUUCAUCAUCGCCCCUCAUGGAGGAAGCUGCUACAACGCGCUGUUUGCGAGGAGGUUCCUGUCUCCCCUCGGGCUCAGAGUCUGGUUGCUUGCUGUCCCCGGAGGUACCCAUUUCCCAUCGCCUUCUCAUCCUUUCGUGGUCGAUCCCGUCAAAGUUGUCAAAGUUUUGUCGGCGGAGCUGCGGACGGGAAAUAGAGGUCUUGACAGCAUGAUAGCAUCUGUCUCCUGCAACCUGUCAAUUCAAGUUGAAAUCUCUGUUGCCAUGAGACUCUUUCGAGAUCUGCAACUUUAUGCAGAGAUCAACUCCUCCUACGCUGGUUGCAUCCUGUCGCUGGAAGUGGACGGGGUCGUCGUAGAUCAAAGGAGCUGGCGAUCAGCGAACAACAGAGUGGUUGUCUUCCAGGUGUCUCUCAUCAAGGAUCGAAAUCCAACCUCCAAGAUUCGCAUAUUCGAGUCUGAUCCCGGGGAAAUGCGUCACCACCUCUCUACAGCAGGUCUGACUCUUACAUGGCCCAGCAACCAAAUCCUCCACACAGAGAGACUCAGGGUCCUUGCUCGUUGCCCCUUCCCAUCCCACAUGAUGGAGCGCGAGGGGGAGGGAGAAGUGCUGCGAGUGAUAGAGCCUCUUGGUACCCAUCAGCUGGCUAUCACAGACACCAUCUUGAGGUGCAGCUUGCUAGUCCGGAUGCCUUCUCCAAGGAACAGCUCUUGGUCCUUCCGGAUCUCGAUCUCUUCCUCCUCGUCGCUGAAAGGGGAGGAUGAAGAGAAGGAGGAGCGGGAGCAGGAUCUUCUACCGUGGGUUACUGUCAACUUAGAGCACAUGGCUCUCGAGUCAGUGUGUCUCCAAGCUCAACUCCAGCUGGAGGAUGACGCGAGUCGCGUCCUCAACUUCACAUUGUUCGAUCCCGCCUCGGCAAUUUCAUCGUCAGUCACUCGGGAAGUUUUCAGAGGCUGUCCCUCGUGUCCUCCUGGAACGUUCUUCGAAGACGACGACGAUCUUCCCCUCCCUCCUCGCAGAUGUCGGCAGAAGCUCGUGUACGUCUGCAAGGGAGGCUGCGGAGGGAUGGGAGAUCGGAUGAUAGGCAUGCUCAACGUCUACCUGCUCUCCGUGGUUCUCAACAGAUGUUUUCGCAUUCACAGUAUCCACCCGGACUACCUCGAGAGAUGGCUCGUCCCCAACGACUACGACUGGCGGGUUGACCCGGACGCUCCAUACGACGUCCUCCUGUCCUGGGUCAACAGAGUCCCAGAGGACGAAGAGAUUGAGCUUGUUGAAGGUGGCGGGAGGGAGCAGAAGGUGGGAGGAGCUGAGAGCUUGUGA